AUGGAGCAGCUGCUGCGCGCCGAGCUGCGCACCGCGACGCUGCGGGCCUUCGGGAGCCCCGCGGCCGGCUGCAUCAGCGAGGGGCGCGCCUACGACACGGACGCCGGCCCCGUGUUCGUCAAGGUCAACCGCAGGCCGCAGGCCCGGCAGAUGUUUGAGGGGGAGAUGGCGAGCCUGGAGGCCCUUCGGAGCACCGGGGUGGUGCGGGCGCCGCGGCCCAUUGCACUGAUCGAUGUGCCUGGAGGUGGGGCUGCCUUUGUGAUGGAGCAUCUGAAGAUGCGGAGUCUGAGCAGCCAGGCGUCUGUCCUCGGAGAACAGAUGGCAGAUUUGCACCUUCACAACCAGAGGCUGGGGGAGAAGCGGAAGGAGGUGGCGAGUACCGUGGGAAGGCCGGCCGAGCCCCAGCAUGUGACCAAGUUUGGCUUCCACACGGGGACGUGCUGCGGCUUCAUCCCGCAGGUGAACGAGUGGCAGGACGACUGGGCCACCUUCUUCACCCGGCACCGGCUGCAGGCGCAGCUUGACCUCAUUGAGAAGGACUACGGGGACCGGGAGGCGCAGGAGCUGUGGUCACGGCUGCAGCUGAAGAUCCCCCAGCUGUUUGGCGGCCUGGAGAUCGUCCCGGCCCUGCUCCAUGGGGACCUCUGGUCCGGAAACGUGGCUGAGGAUGACACAGGGCCCGUUAUUUACGACCCGGCUUCCUUCUACGGCCAUGCUGAGUUUGAACUGGCCAUCGCCCGGAUGUUUGGGGGCUUUCCCCGGUCCUUCUUCACCGCCUACCACCGGAAGAUCCCCAAGGCUCCAGGGUUUGACCAGCGGCUGCUGCUGUACCAGCUCUUUAACUACCUGAACCACUGGAACCACUUCGGGUCUUCGUACCGGGGCCCCUCCCUGGGCACCAUGAGGAAGCUGCUCAAGUAGCUGCCAGCCCAGGGCGGCGUCCAGCAGGUGACCUGGGCAGCCACAGGGGGAUAAUAAAGCCUGGUAGGGCCUCAGGGCUGGUCCUGGCCUGGUCUCGCCUG